CCCCGCUAACUUGCAUUCAGCUGCAUUCUCAAUAAUUCUUCGCCGUCUCCAGACUUCAGUUGUGUCUCAGACUUGCUUCUGUGAGGUUGUCUCUCUCCCGAGUCUGUAAGGAGUUACACUAAUCUUGUGCUCGUGCUCACGCGUUAUCUCCUUAGAUAUCACAAACGGUUUGACAUUUUUUUCGCCGACUGACCACUAGUGGUGUAGGUGAGAGACAAGACUGGUGGUAUAGAUUAAAUUUUUUUCAAGUUCGUAGUAGUCUUUUGAAACGCGCGCGACGGUUUGCGUUUUGUAACCAGCUACUUACUUAUUCAGUCACCGCGGCUUUUAUUUUUUCUCUCCUUGUUCUUUUUGUUUGGUCUGAGUUUGCCGACAACGAAUAGAAAGACAGACUCACCCUCUAGGAGGAGAACUUGUUUUUUAGUGCAGAUUUUGUUUCUGUGAGUGGUGAGUGAAUCAGCUUCUUAUUGCUGUGCAGCUGGAUUAUAAUACAGGUGCUAUAGCUGGGAAACUGUUGAGCAUUGGUGUUGGAUUCUCCUUCGAUAAGAUACACACCUGCACAAUGGACGAGCUGAGAUGACACUAGUGGUGCGUGUGCGUGUGUGUGCGAGUGAGUGAGUGAACCUGAACCAGGCGUCACGUAGCGUUACGUCACGUCACGUCAGGUCAGCAGAGUGAGUGAUGAACCUGUUCAAUGUGGCCCUGAAUGGGAGUCGACUGGACCUGACCACUGAGUUCUUCCUGUUACCCCCGCCGAGUGAUGGGGGCACAGGGGGGCAUAUGAUGCACCCCCCAGGGGGAGUUUCGGGCCCCCCGGCUGGACGGGUCACCAUAGCUCCGCUAGCCAACGUUGGCUACCUCAGGCGUGACAUGUGGGUUGCGCCCCUACUUGUCUUCUCUACGCUUACCAUGGUGCUGAUUGCCUUAUUUGAGGUGUUCGUUCUGCUGAAAACAUGGCGGACGACGCCGUCGCGACGCCACCUGUUCCUGGGUCAGAUGCUUCUGUUGGGCCUGUUUCUGUGCGCAGCCGUCGCGGCGCUGCUUUCGGCCGAACCGACGGCACUGACUUGCGCCGGAGUGCGCCUAGGCGCCGGUCUCGCCUACUCGCUGGUGUUUGGCACGCUGCUCGUCAAGUGCGUGUUCCUCAUCUCGCUGAACGGAGGCGUCUACCUGCCGGCGCCCUACCAGGCGUUGUUGCUCUUCUUCGCCGUCCUCAUACAGCUGGCAAUCGGCGCGCAGUGGUUGAUCAACAAUCCGCCCAAAGUUAUACAGGUGGGCCUACACCAGGCGUGCCACACGCCCUACCACCACCUGCUGAUGUCGCUGGUGUACACGGUGUUCCUGAUCGUGGUGGUGGCCGUGUUGGCGAUCAAGUCACGUGGCAUCCGCGACAACUACCGCGAGGCCAUGUUCAUCGGGCUGGCUGUCGCCUGUGUCAUCCCUGUCUGGCUGGGGUGGGCGCUCUGUGGGUUGGUGAGUCAUCAGUGCAAACGAUUUAAAUGUAAUAUUAUAUUAAUAUUAUAUAAUAUUAUAUUACAUUAACUGGCGUUCGGACUGAGCGGCAGUGCACUGAUUGUGUUCCUGAUCAUGUUCAUGCCGAAGGGCCGGCAGCUGGCCGCCAUGGGGCGCGAGGGCAUGUACGUCGAGGACCGCGACGACAAGUUCAGCUCCAUCAGUCGCGCCGCGUCGCCAUCUUUCUUCCACUUCAAGCCGGUCUCUGUGAAGCAGCCGCCGUCGCAUCAGCCGCACUACGGCCAACAUCAUCAUCAUCUUCAUCAUUCGGCCGCCAUCGGAGGUCCGUACCACACCUAUCGAGUAGCGCUUGUAGCUCCACCUCCCAGCUACGGACAUCACUACUAUCCUUACUGCUAUUACCCAAGAGGUGGUCCGGGAAGUGUGGGGAAUACAGGCAUGGAACCGAGUAUGUACACAUCAGUGGAGCCAACCAUGUCGACCAAUCCCAAUGUAUUCUUCCACAGGGGAGGAGUGCAUCCCGGAAUGAUGUACUAGUUUCACUCAAAACUCAAAGCAUCUUAUGCUUCGUCUCCAACGUUUGACCUCAUCAUUGAUGGUGUUAUUUUAAAGUGUGUUUUUUUUAACUUGAACAAAUUUUACUAAUGUUUUGUGAAAUAUUUUGAACUUGGCCACCUACAUGAACAGAGUUUUAUUGGUGUUUUGUGAAAUAUUUUGAACUUAGUCACAUACUUGAGCAGAUUUUUACUAGUGUUUUGUGGAAUGUUUUUAACUUAGCCACAUAUAGUCCAGUACAAUAUAGUCAUAAAAAAGGGGCUGCAAUUUAUAUUGUAGUUCUGAUUUUUUAAAUAUAUUAUCUGGAUACAUGAGAGAAAUCCAGAACCAAAUUUUCAUGCAAAAUUCCUUGUUCUAGAUACAGAGUGAAAUGUACUAUAGAAUCUAUAGUAAAUAAUCUUAUACAGUAGUAUUGAAUCUAUUCUAAAGGUACUAUAGAAUCUUCUCUUUCAUUUGCUGUAAAAGAUUCAUGAGAGAAUAUGUUUGUAAAGUAAGAUUUGAUUGUUGAAGAAAUCCGGAAAUUGUUGAUAUUUUCCUAAUAUUAAGGCAGUUCCUAAUAUAGGCAGUUCUAUGAUAGGGAAAAGUGAUUCAAGAUGAGUCUUAGGCAACUGAGCUCGUAGAGGAUGAACCAAUAUACCAUUUGAAAUCAAUCUUAAGUCUCUAUGAUCUAACAUGUUCUUUUAUACAUGUUUUAGAAACUCAUGAUUAACCGAAGAAUAACGAAAAAAUGAAUAGAAUAUUCUAUUCUAUUCUAAAAAAAAUGAAAGAACUAUAAUCGCAAUUUUUAAAAUCGUCUGUUACUUUCAAAUGGUAUUGGAAUCGAACGAAUUAUUCAUUGGAGUGGAGAGAGCACAAGGCACAAUCUAGCACAAGGAAUGAAGAAAUUGGUUCUGGACUUCUCUCAUGUAUUGAUAUAAUAUAUUACAGAAUCAGAACCAAAAUAUAAAUUGCAAGCACCCCCCCCCCUGUUUUAUGUCUAUAUUGACUGGAAUACUACAGUGUUAUCAAAUUCAAUUUGCAAUCAACCCAUCGUAGGUAUAAAUGCGCAAGAUUUUAUGAAUUUCACAAAUCUAGAGUUGGCGGAUUUGAAAUUUCACAAUACAUGCAAUAUAUUGUGCUUGCAAUAUAUAUUGUAGUUCUGAUUUUAAAAUCAACACGAGAAUAUUAAGUAGAAAAUGCUCAAAUUCGAUAUGUGAUUUUCAUGUUUUACUUCACUCACAUUUAUAGGGGUGAACAUUAUCAUAGAUGUAAUCUAUGUUUACAUCAUCCUCACAUAAUUUUGAGGUUUUAUCUCGCUCAAAUCUUCUACUUUGUCAACCUUUGAGACAGGCCACUGACUGGGAGUUACGUGGAAGGAUGGGUGACGCUUUGUAGGUUCAGUGAAGAGUUUCUCACGAUAUUUAUGUGAUGGAUCUUCAGGAGCUGCUGUUAGAAACUCUUCGGUCUUCCAACAUUGAAGAAAAUGUGAAGAAUUGAAUUGAAUUUCAAAAAAAUGAGUUCCAAAAUUGAAUUCCAAAUGUGAAGUGGUUCAUUGAUUGGUUCUUCAUGAGUAAGAAGAGUUGCCGAGGUUUCUGGCUGACUACCAGAAUUACCUUUCCUAUAAUGACAUAUCCGAAUUUGGUAUUUAAUGCAUGAGAUGCAGACACAAACUUUAACUAGGUAUUCUGGCCACAUAAAAUUUCAACAAAACUGUCAGCACCUAUAGGAGCAAGUCAAUCUUUGAUGAUUCAUAAAAUUUCUCAUCUGCCAACUUUUUAGAUUUGUGAAAUUCUUAAAAUCUUGCGCAUUUAUACUUACGAUGGGUUGAUUGCAGGUUAAAUUUGAUAACACUGUAAUAUUAAGGUGCGUACAGAUUUACGCGCCGCGAACAUGAGCAAUUCACUUUCAAUCAGCUGAUUCCAAGCUUUUUAUAUCUGUAUCUUACCGUUUCUGUAAAAAUUCAGAUAUAGUCAGCUGAUUAAAAGUGAAUUGCUCAUGUUUGCGGCGCGUAGAUCUGUACGCACCUUUAGACCAGAUUUUUACUAGUGUUUUGUACUCAACCACAUUUUAUAGUGUUUUGAGACUGUCAAGUUGCGUUUACACCAAAGUUAUUAACAAAAUGUUAAUAACUUAAUCACUUUUUGCUAUUAGAAAAAAGUGAUUUAAUAAUAAGCAGUUCGUGAUGGAAAACAACAUUGAAGAAUAACUUAAUCCUUAUAGAUUCUAUUAGAUUGAACAUAACUUAUGAUACACAUGAUGAACAUAUGUGUUUGUCAAGUUCCGUUCAAUCAAAUAAAUCUACAAGGAUUGAGUUGUUAACAUUUUGUUAAUAACUUUGGUGUAAACCCAGCUUUACUGUCCACAUUUUAAAAGAGUUUAAUGAAUCUCUUAAACAUUAAUUUCUACUAAUGUUUUGUGCUUCUUUUGAACUUUCAACACAUUCGAACACUUUUUGUGGAAUGUUUGAACUUGGUUAUACUGUGUUACUAGCGAUUUGUAAAAUGUUUUGAGCUAGACCACUUUUAAACUUGUGUAUUGUGAAAUUAUUGCUCAAUAUUUGAAAACUUAACCAAGUUUUCCGAUAUUCAACAAAUGAACAUUAUCUUGCAAACUUUUUUGUUGAAUAUUAUUGUUCAUUUUAUGAAUGAACACAGUUUUUCAUGAUCUGACAGAUAUUGAGCGAAAUUAUAAUAUAAACGGAGACAAUCUGAUCUGCAGAUGUGCUAUAUUAUAACCAUUUCAAUACACUGUAAGAACAAAGGCUAUUUUUAAUAUUUGACUCAGUAAAUGUUUUUUAUAAUUAGGUUAUUAUUUAUAAAUCUAGGCAUAAGUUAUCCGAUUUAGACAAUAAUUAGGCUAAAGUAUUACUAGGUAAAUUACCAUUGCCAGAUUUUUAUGAAUAUUAAUAGGCUAGAAGUUAUUUUCCAUUUAGUUUUAAGUUAAUGUAUAUUUGGAGAAAUGUUUUUCAUUACAACAUUUUAAAAUGUAAUGUAAGGUAAUGUUUCUAUUACAAAAAAACCGCUAUGACUUGUGACAUUUGUUUCUCUAGCAUGGAAUACAUCUAGGAAUAGUGUAUAUGAGAUAUCUGUUCUAUAUUUCAUCGCCUGAUGGAAAGUACUGAAUUAGUUUUAAUCGGUAUUUAUUCUCAUGUAAUAAAGUUGUAAGUAAUUAUAAUUACUAUUUCAAUUUUGAUUCUCUGUUACCUUAUCGUUAAUAGGAUGGACGUUUGUAGCAGUCUACUGGAUAAUCUCUGGCUGGAUGUCAAAUCUUGAUAUUAUGAAAAAAAAAUGUCAAGUAUCUUGGAACAUUUUUAUUAUUAUUCAUCUGGACUUAAACUUAUAAUAUUCUCAAAUCAUCAAAUUUAGGUAGGAAAUUGAUGUAGCUUUUGUAGAAAAAAUUUCACCUUUACAAUAUAACUAUUAAAAAAUCGUUAGUCAACAGUA